AAAAGGUGGAGGAUCCAAGUUGGGUUUCGGUCGCACGGAGACCUUCGUGAAUAAUGAUAGGGAUCUCCGCUUCUCCGACGGUAGAAACUAGCCGUUGCCAUUCCGCUCUUCUCCUCCCCCUCCCAUCUCCCAGAACUCGACCCCCUCCGAACCUAAAGCUCAGGACGAGCCUCGCGGGAUCCGGUGGGAGACGAGGCGUACGGUGCAGCAGCAGCGGACCACCAAGCCCCGGUUCAGGUGAAAAUGAUAGCAAAGUUAUUCUUGAUGCAUUUUUCUUGGGAAAAGCUUUCGCAGAAGCACUAAAUGAAAGAAUAGAAUCUUCAGUGGGGGAGAUCUUGAGUGUAAUUGGUCAAUGGCAAGCUGAGCAACAAAAGCAAGUCCAAGAUUUCCAGGAAGAAGUAAUAGAGAGAGCGAAAAAAGCCAAGGAGAAAGCUUCACUGGAGGUGAUGGAAGAACAAGGUGUCAUCUCAAAGUCUCUGAGAGCACCUUCAGAUACUGCAACUCCAGCUGAUUCAUCUCCAUCUCCUGGUCCUAAAACAGAGGAUCCUUUCCAAGAGAUGUUGAAGGAUUAGCUUGCUCUUGCCCUCUUUGGCUUGCGAUACAGAAAACUAAUAUUUUUUUAACAUCUUGAUGCUGUAUUAGAAUCUAGGCUGUCUUCAGCAUACAGUGAUCCAUGAAACAGGUGUUUCGGAGCAAAAGCUUGCCUUAAGCCAGCAAACCAUGCGGUUGUGCUUGAUUCUUAGACUAUUGAUGGCUAACUUUUUUGUGGCAUGAAUAUGGAAUACAGCAGCACAUGCAUUGUUAUCCAAA